AUUCAUCUUCUCUCUUUAUAUCUCUAUCAACCUUUAUUCUACAUUGAAUUCUAUCCGCAAUCAAGGCCGGCUGAAGCAACCGACGGACUCUACUAUAAACAGGCAUGGAUUCACGCCACGGCGGCGAAGCUGCUUCCUAUUAUGGCGAACAAUCCAAUCCUCAAUAUUCCCAUGACGGAUACGGGGAUCGAUACGAUGAGCGCCAACAUCAUCCAACUUACCCUGGGCCCGGUCCCCAAAAUGCUGCUCCCGGGGAAGACGGCGAGCGCGGUUUAAUGGGAGGGCUUGCCGGGGCUGCAGCGGGUGCUUACGGAGGUCACAAGAUGGGUCACGGAGUUAUUGGGGCCAUAGGCGGUGCUGUCGCUGGCCAUAAAUUGCAAGACUACGUGCAUGAUCGCAAGGAGAGGAAGGAAGAGGAAGAGAGACUGCAACACCAGCUGCACUCCGGACCGCCGCCACCCAGCUACUCCCCGGGACCACAGUACUCAUCUCAGCCUCACCAUGGAGGACAUCAUUCCCCGAACCAUGACCGGUCGAUAGGGAGUCGCACCGGAAACUUCUCUUCUUCAUCGGAUAACAUUCAUCUUGAGGGUAACUACGAGCUUCACGCAUCCUGCCGACGCCGGGACGGUCAUCACCAGACCAGCAGUCUGAAUCUUAAUAAGAUCCUUAGUAACGAAAAUGGACGCUUCAGCUGGGCCAGAGGUGGGUCUGGUGUCGGCAGCAUCACAGUUCAACAUGGAGAUACUCUGGCGGACAUAGCGCGGCGUUUCGGCUGUAGGGUCGACGAGAUGGUGAGGAUUAAUGGUCUCAAUAACCCGGAUAUGAUUUACCCCGGACAGAAUCUGCAAGUGCCUGGCCAACCAACCGGCAACUUCGGUUCUACAGCGAGAGACGUCCGUCUCGUCGAUAAUGGGCGAGUUCUCGAGGCAGAGCUGAUGGAUCUUGGGGGGACUUGGCACAGGCAACGGCUUGAUUUGGACGAGUAUAUAGGAAACGAGGAUGGGCACCUCCGGUUAGUUUGAGAGUUGUUCUAGGGCGCGAUUCGGGUUUGAAAUUGCUGUGAGCAUCUAAGAUAUAAUGAUACAUACUAGAGGUACCUACUUGCCUACCUAGUGCCUAUCUUCCCGAGAGAAGUAGCUGGGUUCCUACUCCUCUGAUUUCUCUUUGGGUGGUCUAUAAUGUUUUACCAGGAAAACAAGCCCACGUGAUUGAUGUCCUGCUAUAGUACAAGCCUCUAUUUACAUGUAACUAGUGUUUAUCUGAACGACUUGCUAAGCCGAACUAGGUACCUACUUUCAUUGGAAUUUUAAUUAUCUUGACAUCAUCUUAUAACUAUCUCUCGUACUAUUCAAUUCUGUCUACCUACCUGGGUACUGCUGAAAAGUUAGAUACGCUACAAGAUUGAAUACUAGGUACUGUAAUUACCG